AUAUAUGAAAAUAAAUUUAUUCUAUUUUCAACGGGAUAGAUUUAAAUCAACCGCGAAAUAUUUUUGAAAAAUUACUAUAUAAAUUAAAAUAAAUAAUUAAAACAAAAUUAAUCUAUUUAUUUAAUCAGUUAUUGUAUAAUAAAAUCAAAUCAUAUCCUGUUUUAUUUUAUAUUGUUUACAAAAUGAUUCAAAUAAAGGAAUGAUAUAAAAUUUAAAAAAAAAUAAAAAAAUAAAAAUAAACAAAAUUCAUUGAAUUUAGUUAACUCAUUGAAAAUAUUUUUUAAAGAAAAGUAUAUACAUAAAAGUACUAUGAUAUUACAUAACUGAUUUAUUUAUUUUUGCCCACUUUGACGAACUAUUAAUGAAUAAUGAAUUUAAUGAGAAUAUUUCAAAUUGUUCAAUAUAUUACUGUAGAAAUUCUUUUAUUAUAUGUUUCAUUAAUUGAAGUUACACGGAAUGUAUAUAAAACAAAUAUGAAUAUUUCAGUUAAAAAUGGUUCUAUGGCUGAAUUAUCAUGUCCGAUAGAUAUUGUUCUAACUAGAAAGGAACUGGAAACAUUAACAUGGAUUCGAGCACCACGACAACUUCUUACAAAGGGCGUUUAUAGAGUUACUGAAAAUCCUAGAGUAUUCCUAGCACCUAUGGAUCUUUUAAAAACCAAAGCUUUAAGUUUAUUUUUACGACCAACCCUACCAGACGAUGAAGGAGAAUAUAGGUGUACACUCACCUUAAAAGAUAGAAUUCAUGUUCAUACCGUAUCUUUAAAUAUUUCUGUCCCUCCAAUCAUUAUUAAAUCUCCUGUUCCAUACUUAAAAGUUGAUGAAGGUUCAUCACUUGAACUAAAUUGUCUAGCGACAGGAAAUCCACCACCUCAAGUAACAUGGAAAGUGUUUUCCAAUCCACUAUUAAAAGAUGAUAAAACUGAUCGAAAAUUAUUAUCAAUUCCUGAUGCAUUUUCUGGAUUAGGUGUCCCUAUUAAUCAUCAUAACGGCACUCUGAUUAUUGGUAAAUUACACAGGAAAAUGAAUCAACGUUUUCUGUGUAUAGCAGCUAAUGGUGUUCAACCGGAUGACCAAAGAGAAGUAUUCCUAUCAGUACGAUUUUCACCAGAAGUCAAAAUGACUAAUCGUAUUAUCAAACAAGGCAUUGGUAUGAAUACAGUGUUAACAUGUCAAGUCAGUGCACAUCCACCUGGAUCCAUACGAUGGCUUUUUAAUCAUCAUUAUCCUAUAACAGCCACAAGUUGUGAUGUUAUGACAAAUUCAGAGAAGAAAUAUUGCUUACAGGAGCAUAGACCACAAUCAUAUAAUAGUUUAUCAGCAAUCACAUCAAAAUUGGCUAUUUUUAAUUUAAAAGUAGGAGAUUUUGGUGAUUAUGUUUGUUCAGUUAGUACAAUUAUGGGUGAAUCAUUUGGAGUGACAACUUUACAAAGGUUUAAAACUGAACGUUUUGGCACUGAUAUAGCACAAAUAAUGCAUCAAAAACAAAUUGAAAGAUUAUCGGAUAAACAGGUUGCUCGUGACAGGAUAUCCAACUCUGAUGAUAAUUAUUAUAAUAAAUACUUAAAACAGACUGGAUUUUCAGAAAAUAAAGUUUAUCCAAGACCAAUAGAUACUCAAAAUGCUGCUGCGAAUGCUACAUUAACUGUUCAGCUGUAUAUAAAACUGCUACUGUUGUUCAACAUGAUGACUGUUAUUCCAUACUUUUUAUAUUUUUAAAAAGAUAUAUAUGGAAUUAAGUUAUAUAAUCUAAUAAAUGGUUGUAUUUUGGUUCCUGCAUGUUUGUAAAUAGUGAAAAAACACAUGAUAAAGCAUUCUUGACUUUUUUGAAUAAAUUCUAAAGUUCAUUCAAUCUUUUAAAAGAGCAUUUUGAUUAGAAUGGAUUAGUAUAUAAUGAUUCUAAAUAUAUUCAUGAAAGGAUAAAAACUCAUCAACACCAGAAAAUGCGGCGUACGUGGCUUAAUCUCCUAUUCUUUUUCACUAGAACAGUUUUACUUAACAUGCCAAAAAAAUAACACGACAGGAAAUCAUAUUCUACAACAAACUAUAGUACUAUCAUCCUUAACACUAUGGUAAUGAUAACUAUUUAAUAACGACUUACUGAUUACAACGAGUGUGAUUUAGAUGCUCGAUUCCCAUCUGGACAACUAAGUAUAUUACUACCGCUCAUAUUACAAGUAUGCUCAUAGACUGAACAGUACGGAAAUCUGUGCUUGGUUAAUAGCUUUCUUCCAAAUUACCAGUUAGUCAGUCAUCUACAAAGCAGAACCAGACAUAUAUGCAUCGCUCCAAGAUACCACACCUCAUUAGCACAACAAGAUGAACACCGAAUUCAUAGAAGUAGUCACUUCAAUGAUAGUAAUCAAUGAAAGAGAUUAUGUAUAAACAUAUAGUACAGGAAGAAAACAUUAGAUCGUAGAAAGAGAGAUAUAAAGCAAUUUUAAUAUCACGGUUUAAUGGAAGACAAAGAGUGUAUACACCCACCCAAUUGUGAUCGAUUCUGAGCCAUGUCACCCACAGAAUCCAACCACUAGUUACAAUAGUCACACAGACUAAAACAAAGUAGUCUGCAUCUACCAACAUGGUUCAAACUAGAAGUUUGUGACUCCAAGAAAUGAUGACACGUUUCGGCUUGGCAACCCCUAACUUUCUUCUAACAGUCUCC